AUGUUGGGUGACGCAAUGCUGAACAAAGAAGCAGAAAUGUCUAAUGCCAACAAAGAAACAACAGCAAAGUCAGCAGCAGCAGACACGAAUUUCACAACAGUAAAAAACGAUAUUGAUGCAGUAAAGUUAACGAAUUUGCCUUCAUUUUUGCAAACUGACCCGGAGUUAUGGUUUACUCAAGUGGACGGAUUACUACACAUCAAUCGCAUCACCUCUGAUCUAUCCAAAUUCUACACGGUAAUCACAGCACUAGACGGCGAAACGCUUCGUCAAGUUUCAGACAUAGCAAAAAAUCCGCCAGCUACGGGCAAAUAUGAAACGUUGAAAAAUGAAUUAAUUUCACGAUUUGGGGAGUCGCGUCAGAAACAAUUGAUUAAAUUGCUAACGGAUUUAGACGUGUCUAACAAGCGUCCAACGCAGUUGCUUCGAGAGAUGAGAGAUCUGGCAGCGUCAAAUAUGUCGGAAGACGCCUUGUCAGCACUUUGGUUGCAGCGAUUGCCGAGUAACAUUCGUUGCAUCUUAUCUGCGUGCAGCUCCAAGGAUGUUAAUCAAAUGGCCGAAUUGGCAGAUAGAAUAACUGACAAUAUGCCCACUCCUCAUUAUGUUAUGGCUACCGCAUCUGCAAUUAACCGACGCAGUAACACAGAGGAAUCAACAUUGGAGGCACGUGUGACAGCGUUAGAAAUAUCUCUGCAACAAGUGGUAAGUAAACUAAGUGAAAUAGCAAUAGAGCUCAGACGACCAGCAAACUCACAGGCGCGAAGCAGGGCUCGCAGUUCUAGCAGAACUCAGUCUAAAAGUCAGCGUGAAGAUCGAAAAGUCUGUUAUUAUCACAAUAAAUUUGGAACAGCUGCAACAAAAUGCUUAAAACCAUGCGAGUUCGGCUGCCAAACAACUAAUAUCAAACAGAAGGAAAACUAA